AUGCGCGGAAACACGCGGCCCACCAUCAGUGGGCCCGUUGAUGCCCACCCGGCGCGGAACAGGUUGCUGAGCGAUGCCGCAAGUCUCACAAACACCCUCACUCACACCAGCACCAACGGCGGCCGCGCAUCUCCCUUGUCCCGCUCGCGAAAGGGCUCCGUGGACAGUGCAUUCCUGCCCUUCGGUUCGGAGGAUGAGAAGCCCGUCGCGUCGGGCAAUGGCAUUACCGUUGGCCUACUUCUCGCCGAGCCAUGUCUGUUUCUCCAGGGCUACUCCGAGAGCACAUCUCCCAGCCACACUGCCAUGCUGCGAGGCAGUCUACACCUCCGAGUCCAGAAAAGCGCAAAGAUCAAAACCAUCAACCUCAAAUUCCGCGGCAAGUCCAUCACCAGAUGGCCAGAGGGCAUCCCACCUCGCAAGGUCGAUUUUGACGAGACCGACACCAUCAUGAGCCACACCUGGCCCUUCUUCAACGCCCAAUUCGAAAGCGCCGAGAAUGGCACAAGUGCAGAUCGCGUGCAGCUGUUUAGGAAUGCAGAAGCGACGACGGCCUCGCGGCUGGAGAGUCUAAAGGCCGGAUCCCCCAACAGAUCUCAAGAGAACCUGAAUCUGAACUCCAAGGAGGCACGCAAACUCGCACUCUCCGUCAACCAGAAUCGAAGUUUUGGCAAAGGAGAUGCCGUGCCGGGUGGCCCCACCGUCGCCGCCAAAGGCUAUCGCACUUUCUUGCCCGGAGACUACAUUUACAACUUUGAACUGCCCUUGGACAGCCGUUUACCGGAGACCAUCGAUGUCGAUCUCGGCUCGGUCAAGUAUGAGCUCGAGGCGACGGUGGAGCGGUCGGGGGCCUUCCGGGGCAACUUGGUCGGAGUCAAGGAGGUCACCCUUAUCCGCGCUCCUGGCGAAGGCUCUCUCGAACAGGUCGAGCCCAUUGCGAUCAGCCGAAAUUGGGAGGACCAGCUACAUUACGACAUUGUCAUUUCCGGCAAGAGCUUUCCAUUGGGGAGUCAGGUGCCAAUUGCAUUCAAAUUGACCCCUCUGGCAAAGGUGCAAUGUCACCGGAUCAGGGUGCUGGUGACGGAGAACAUUGAAUACUUCUGCUCAAACAAACGGGUCCACCGAAUGGAGCCGACGAGAAAAGUGCAGCUUUUCGAGAAGCGCGCCGAUGGAGCCCCGACGAGCACCUUUGAUGGGAGUACAAUGCGCGUCACCGCCGGCGGUGGCAUUCCUUACGAUCUCAGAGCGAGUGCGGCCGCAGGCGAGGACGUACGUUCAGUAGACACCAAUAACCUGCUCGGCGAUCUCGAGGGCGACACCAAUGUCGGACCAACCGAAAUGGAAUUCAGCGUGCAGCUACCCAGCUGUCAAGCCAUGAAGGAGCGAGACCGGUCCCAGCGACUUCACUUCGAUACCACGUUCCAAAACAUCCAAGUGCAUCACUGGAUCAAGAUUGUCAUGCGACUAUCCAAGCCCGACCCCAACGAGCCAGGCAAACGACGCCACUUUGAGAUCUCCAUCGACUCCCCCUUCCACAUCCUGUCCUGCCGCGCAACGCAAGCAAACAUCUGCCUCCCAGCCUACAGCAGCCCCCUCGACACCACCAACGCCACCUCAACCUUCGAAUGCGGCUGCCCCGGCGCCCCCCGCCGCCGCAACUCCCCCACCUCCUUCGUCCCCACCCUCUCCUCAGCAGGCACAACAGGCACCGCAGACCUCCUAGAUCGCAGCAACACCGACACCCCCACUCUACCGGGCCUGCAACGCCCCCCAACAGCCCACAUAGGCGGCCCGCAAUCCCAGCAGCGCCCCAUCCACCUCCUCCGCGCCCCGUCGUUCAACCCGCCUGCUUUCGAGGACUCCGAGCCGCCGCCCCCGCUCAUCACCCCGCCCCCCAUGUACGAGUCGAUUGCGAGCCCCACGCACGGCCUUUCGGAUUACUUUGCGAGGCUGAGUGAUGCGUAUGAUGAUGAUGAUGAGGAUGGCGAUGAGAGUCAUCGGUUGGGCCGGGUGAAUAUUCCGCUUACGCCGGGCGCGCGGGUGAAUCGGAGUAUGGAUAUUCCGCGCGAGUCGUUCCGGUUGCAGGUUGGGCAGUGA